AUGAGCUUCAGUCGACAGUAUGCUGAAGGCAUGAGAAUAUUCGGGGACGGACACGCGUUAUAUAAGCCAGAGAUCUCGGAGAGUCUCCAGCCUGGAGAUGUUGGCUAUUUUGACUCUACGGCUCGGUGGAACCCGCUCGCUAGUCUCAGUGAUCCAGCUUCCCUAACUUUGUUGAACCUGCAAAGUCCGACUGAGCCCCUGGAGCGAGCACCUUCUCUCAAGAUAGCUGGCUGGGGCCCAAGAACAACUGAAUCGGUCAAGAGGAACGUGCUUGAUGGCGGUGUCGAACUUACCAAUGCUGGGCUUCCUGUUGAGGCGAGUGUGAAAGUCGAAUACCUAUCCGACUCGGGUUUUGGGGCGAUUCUCCUUACUAGCAGUCCCAUCACGCGGGAAGGUUACUACUUCGACUCACCAUUUAGAACAUGGAUCAAAGCGAACAGCAAAGCCUUGCUUGAGGGUCCCAGAGGGACUGAUAUCGCAAAGUAUGGUAUCGUUGUUGUAACUCAAACCUUUAGUACGAAGAAAGCCGGCAUUACCGCCUGGGGCAGGUCUGGUCAUGGGGCCUACGUCGGCUUCAGCUCUGGGACUCUUGGUGUAGGAUCGCUGCAAGCAAAUUGCGGGUGGUUCACGGGUAACAGCGCCUCAGGCUGGUCUGUGUAUGGCGGCGAGGCAUUGGAAGAGGAGCAGGUGGUCUUCAUAGCCGGCCUUCGAUACCACAAGUCAAGAAAUCCGUUUGCGAAUCAGCUUCACGAAAGUUCAGAAUUCACGAGCGGUCCUUUUGCACACAGAAGUGCUGAAUCUCACGAGGGUGAUAUUAUCCUUGAGACGAUCGAUGACAAUCAAGUGCUGUUCGAAAUUCAGCUUAUUGGCCAACCCUUGGAUCGCCCGGAUGAAUCUGACGACGAGAAUGAUGAUGCAGAUUAG